CUAUGCCGCGUAAGCCGGGGGCUAUGUAUUGGCGGCCCAUCUGGCUCGGACCCCGCACCGAUCAAUCCGGGCUCGUGCCACCGCAUCCAUCGCCGAGCGCGAGGAGAGCUGGGUUUUUCCCGUGAGCGAGAGCGAGUGAUGGCGGCGGGGAAAGGGAAGGGGAAGGAGGGAGAGUGCGACAUGGCGGCGGCGGCGGCGGAGGCGGAGAAGAAGGGAGAGGGCUCGACGGUGUCGCGCGGAGCGGCGGGGGAGCGGGUGGUGGAGGACAGCGGCGGCGGCAGGAGGACGAUCCACCUCAAGAGCAAGGAUGGCAAGCAGCAUGAUGUGACGGAGGCGUCGGCGAGGCUGUCCAAGACCAUCGCCGGGAUGAUUCUCGCCGGCGGCGGCGGCGGCGGCGCCGACCAGUGCAUCCCGACCCCCGACAUCGACCACGAUACCCUCCGCGUGGUGAUGCAGUACUGCGACAAGCACGCCGCCGACGACGCCGACGAGGAGGAUCUCAAGGAGUGGGACGAAGACUUCGUCGACGAGCUGGACCAGGACGCCCUCUUCGAUGUCAUCGCGGCCGCCAACUACCUCGACAUCGAUGGCCUCCUCGACCUCACCUGCAAGAGGGUCGCCGACACGAUCAAGGGCAAGACCCCCGAGGAGAUCCGCAAGGAGUUCAACAUCGUCAACGACCUCAGUAAGGAGGAGGAGGAGGAGAUCCGCCGGGAGAACCCCUGGGCCUUCGAGCAGUAGUACUCACUUUCUUUCUCUUAACCCGUAGUGUUUCUCGUCGUGUGAUGGCGGUUGUCUCGUAGUUGUGUGUGUUGUGUCUCUCUCGUAGAUUCAGAUCGAAUCGGGGAGUUCGUGCAUUGCAUCCUGUCCAAGAAGAACAGAGUCGAUCGGCUGUGUCGUUGAAUGCUUUGAACUGCUGGAUCGCGAUCGCUUGCAUGAAGUGAAUAUUUCGCCCCGCAAAUUGUUUGCUGCGUGCCUCUCUCCGCUUGGUUUUCAUGCAGUUUGAAUUCUGUUGUGAAUUGAAUAUGAAUAGAGAAGGGAAAAACUGUCUGAAAUUCUGAA